CGUCAACGUCGUCAACGUUGUGCAAGCACUCGUCAACGUCGUCUUCGUUAACCUCCUCUUACUUUUCCUUCUCUUUCUCCUCUUCUUCUUUAUUUCAGUUCACAGCGUGUGAUACCAGUUUAAAUCAAUAUAACAAACAAGUCAACUUGGUAAUUUCUUUACCCCUCCUAUUAAAUUUCAGAAACAUACAUACCCCUCUCACUCCUCUUCCUCUCCCUAACGAUGGACAUCUACUCAACUUCCUUCACUCAUCCACGUCGUACACGCCAUAUUCACCCAGAGUUUCAAAAUUCACUUCCGCCAGACCCUGCACCUCCCGAAGAUGUAGACAAACUCGCUCUACACGCAAUGUCGAUCCACAACCUACACAUUUCCUACCUACCAGCAGACCAUGCUCACCGCGCUUCAAAUUUUUAUAUUUCAGGACCCUAUCAGCAGGUCAUGGCUGCUCGUGGUAUGCUACUCAAAGAUUGUCCAGUUCAACAUCGCACAGCUAUCAAAGUCGCCCGCGCUGACAUCCUAGACGCUCCUUCCUCAAAACCAACACUCAAACCAGACGUCCGUCGUAAACUGGACGACAUCGCAGGCGCUACUCUAGCUCACAUCGCAGUAGUAAACUCCCCUCUUACCCUAAGCAGUCGAACUCCCCCAGACGGUGUUAAUAGCGCAGGUUGGAGCGGUCUUGAAACAGAACGCGUCUGCGAACUCGUCAUCACAGGUCAAGGCGAUGCUACGGAAUUAGCAAGGGUCCGCUUAUUGGUCAUGCUAGACGAACUCAGCGGUCUUCAUUCCGAAAUGUGCGAGAUCGACCAGAAGCUCCAUGCGAUCGUCGCAGGUCGGAAGAGGCACGUUCUCCAGAGCAUCCAGGAGGAGACCGCUACAAACAUUUACUUCCCCUCGCCCUUGCAGGCAUUGGUCGGUCCUGAUAUCGUUUCAAAUACAACACCUACACCUACCGUCCGUCACCCUCAGAACACCAUAUGGAUCACGGGCGAGUUCUUUGGAGUACAAAGGGCGAGGGACAUGUUGUACCAGUUGUCACUCAGCAAGAGGAAAUCCGUCAUCUCGCGUGAUACCGUCAUUGUCCCUCGCAAACUCGACUGGAUGGUCCUCGACCGGGCUGAAGACCUCAAGUCUAUCAUGAGCGACAAUGCUACGUUCGUCCAAUUCCCGCCUAUAGGCAGCUCCGCCAGCCUCAUCACCGUCUUCGGAGAUCACCGCGUGAACGUGCAGCGUACAAUUCGGUCUAUCAUGCAACUCGCCUGUCAAUACUACGUCGCCUCCUUCUGGCUCCUACCCAUCCAGUUCAACGUCCUUCUCCCGCCUACGACCCUCAACUCUUCUCAAGUUACCACGCUCCUGAAACAGAUCUCACUUACGACUGGUGCCGAAGUCGUAUUCAAGAGUAUGUGCUUCGAGAUGCAUGGCCUAGAGUAUGAGGUACGCGCUGCGGUGAAUAUGAUUCUAGAAUUGGAUAUCGUCAAGGCAUUCCACCACGAAAUUCGCUUCCAAGUCGAGCUAGCCAAUGAGCACCGAGAAUUCAUCUCAGGGAAGAAGAAUGGCAAGGUCAACAAAAUCAUGCAGACCACGAAUGUUAAGAUCAAAUUUGAGACAUUCAACGAUCAUAACUUCCUCAUCGAUGUUUCUGGCAACGACGCUUCUGUACUCACUGGUCUCACUCUCUUGCAAGAGGAGCUUCCGGCGGAGAUAUCCUUCCAUGUACCCGAAGCGUAUCACAAGCGCAUCAUCGGCAUUGGCGGGCGGAAUAUCCAACGAAUAAUGAAAAAGUAUGGGGUGUAUGUCAAGUUUAGCAACGCAGAAGAGUUUGCAGCUCUGGGAGGUUACAAUGACAAUGAGGACAAUGUCGUGGCAAGGACGCCCUCGAAGAACGCUAUCAAUCUGGAGAAUCUGAAGCAGUCCGUGAUGGAGAUUGUGAACCCAAAGGACAAGGACUAUGUGAACGAGACGCUGUCGAUUCCCCGGCGAUACCACCGCGCGCUGCUUGGCGAGAAGGCGAUAUUUAUACACGACAUCGAGACCAAGACUAAUUCGCGCGUACGAUUCCCUGAUAAGGAAACAGCUUCAGACGUUGUGACGAUUUUCGGCCCCGAGAGUCAGGUGCAGAUUGCUGCUGCGAUGUUGCUUGAACACGUCCCCUUCGAAGCAGAUAUGGCGGUCCCGCCCAGUGUCGAUCUUCCCAAAGUAUGCGCAUCCGCCGACUUCAUAACCUUUGUGGAGCGUAUCAAGCGCGAGUUCCAAGUGAUCAUCACCCCGAACGUCAAAGCGCCGACGCCGAGCCCAACCAACGGCGCCUCUGCGUCGUCCUCCAGCGCAGUCGCGGUCGGGGACGUGGGCGAGUACUCAUUCAAGUUCCAUUGCCAGAGGAGCAAUUCGGAUUUCUUGCUCGCGGCAAGGGAGCUGUUGGAACAAUUCUUGUUGAACCACAAUGUCCAUGUGUACCCGUCGCCCACGGCACAUACGCAUAAACGGGGUGAUUCGUUUGCGGAGGCAUUCCCGCACUUUGAUAGUAAAGUGUUGUCGACUGCGAGGAGGCAUGAAUCGGUUGAACUUACCCGUUCGGAGAUACUGGGCGAUCGGAGGUUGAGGAUGGCAAAUUCAUCGCCGGAUGUAAAAGCAUUGUUCAAUGCUCCUGCGUACAUAUAUGAUCUAGAGGAGCAUGAGGACUCUCAAUCAGCAUAUGGUCCGCCAGGAACGGGCCUCGACUACUGGACACCACUACCACCGAUCACCCAGGGCACGGGGAUUUCUACACGACGAAAUACCGAAGACGCGCUCAAGCGCGGGUCGGACUCUCUGCUUGAGUCAAAAAUUAAGGAACAGAUCAGCAAGCCCCGAUCGUUGCAGAAUCGUGCGCAGUCACUCGACCUCACGUAUUCGCUCUCGCGCAUCACAGAGGCGAGUAAUAGGCUGCCGCAGCCUGAAUCGCCUACGACGUCGACGGGUGGAGGCACGGGUGGGGAUUCUAGUCCGACGAGUGCAACGGCGCCGUCAUUCCCGAGCGUGUAUGGUCCACGGUCAUCGGCUGUCAUUGGCUCGUCGUCGCAGCGUGCUGCGAUUAGGAGUGAUGCUGAUGUUGUUGAUGAGGUUUCGAGGGUGAUGUCGAACCUCGGGUUGUAA